GCGCCCCGCCCCGCCAGUACGGCCCGCUCCUUACGCCCAGCUUGGGUAAGGACCCGGCCCACCAAAGAUUCUGACCCCCACCCUCGCGAACCAAGGGUCCGCGGAUGCAGGGCGCGAUGGCCGCCCCAUCCGUGGCCCCGGUCACGCGGCAGAUCAGCGGCCGCGCCGCCCCAGCCGCAGUCCCAGACCCGAGCGGCCCCGAGAGCGGGCAGUCCCUGGCCGCCGCUGUGGCCGACCUGCCGGUGCUGGACGCCUCCGGGAGGCGGGUGCUGUUCGGCGCGCUGUUCCGGGAGCGCCGGGCUGUAGUGGUCUUCGUGCGGCAUUUCCUGUGUUACAUCUGCAAGGAAUAUGUAGAAGAUCUGGCCAAAAUCCCCAAGAGUUUCUUACAAGAAGCAAAUGUCACUCUUAUAGUGAUUGGACAGUCAUCCUACCAUCAUAUUGAGCCUUUCUGUAAACUGACUGGGUAUUCUCAUGAAAUCUAUGUUGAUCCUGAGAGAGAAAUUUAUAAAAGAUUGGGAAUGAAAAGAGGUGAAGAAAUUGCCUCCUCAGGACAGAGCCCCCAUAUAAAAUCAAAUAUACUCUCAGGAAGCAUUCGGAGCCUGUGGCGGGCAGUGACUGGCCCUCUUUUUGAUUUUCAAGGAGAUCCAGCUCAGCAAGGUGGAACACUCAUUUUAGGUCCAGGUAACAACAUCCAUUUUAUACACUGUGAUAGGAAUAGGUUGGAUCACAAGCCCAUCAACUCUGUUUUACAGCUUGUAGGAGUUCAGCACGUGGACUUUACAAGCAGACCUUCAGUUAUCCAUGUGUGACAUUACAGACUCUGUCGCUUUCAAAUGGACCUUGGGAUAUGACCUGAAUUGUGGGAAUGUAGUAUACUUGUGCAGUGCCUAACUUGUUGGCUCUUCCCAGCCUUUGAGGAGUUAUGAAACCAUAAAGAGACCAUGUACCACCAGUUGAAUAGCAUGCUGAGAGGCAUUAGUUGUCAAAAAUGUGAUAUAUAUUUAUAAUUUUAUAGCUUUUGAAGUUUUAUUUUCUAUAAAAAUUUUUGUAAAAAAAUUAUUUUAUUUUUGUAAAAUAAAACUUUAAAAGCUAUAAAAUUAUAAAUACCAUUCUUUAUUUUACAUUAUGAUAUAUCCAUUCAAUGAAGGUUUUUUUGGCCAUUAAAAUCAUAAAUUCUUUUUUUUUUUUUUGCGGUACGCGGGCCUCUCACUGUCAUGGCCUCUCCUGUUGCGGAGCACAGGCCCCGGACGCACAGGCUCAGCGGCCAUGGCUCACGGGCCCAGCCGCUCCGCAGCAUGUGGGAUCUUCCCGGACGGGGGCAUGAACCCAUGUCGCCUGCACCGGCAGGCGGACUCUCAACCACUGCGCCACCAGGGAAGCCCUAAAAUCAUAAAUUCUUAUAAAGAACAUAUAAGGAGAAAGGGAAGCAACCCAAGACCAUUUUAUCCAUUGAGAAAAGCAGGAUCUCAAAUUCUGUAAACAGUAUAAUCACAUUUUUGUAUGUAUAUGUUUAUAUUUUUGUAUGCUUAGAAAGAAAGACAGGAAGUAAACACACCAGAGUAUCACCAGUUAAGUGUCUCUAGGUGGUAGGAUUACAAGUGUUUUUAUUUUCUUUUCCAUACAUUUUUAUAUUUCCCAACUAUUCUAUAAUGAACAUGAUUCAUUUUUUUGGCAAGGAAAAGGUCUUUAAAGUUAUACGAAGAAUAUAUCCCUACGUAGCAAGUUCCACAAAGGUACAAUUAUAUAGGCUGCAGUCCACAAGUUUCUAUCCUGAUUGCUUUACUCAGAGGAAAUACAGCAGAUCGAACCUUCACAGAGCCUGUGUUCACAGCAUCUUGACCACACACCCACCGUCCAUUUCACUAGGAUUUUGUUUGGGGCAACAGGGGCGGGGGUUGCUGGUAAAAUGAGAAAAAUAUGUUUUAGAUAUUUAAGAUACGUAUAAUCAGUAUGCUUUCUGAAAGGAAAUUUUAAGAAUUGUUUAAACUAAAAACCAAAAAAACUGUAAUUUAAAUGUACACUGUGGUUUGGUUGUAUAUUCCUGGACAGUUUCUAUUUCUCACCUCCAAGUUUCUUUUAUUUAGUAGACUAUUGUCAUCUUUUAUUUUUCUGGAAUCAUAAUAUGUUUUGUUGGAAGAGUCCCAGGAAUUCUGGUGAAAAGUACAGCAAGGGCUUCCCUGGUGGCACAGUGGUUGAGGGUCCGCCUGCCGAUGCAGGGGACACGGGUUCGUGCCCCGGUCCGGGAGGAUCCCACGUGCCGCAGAGCGGCUGGGCCCAUGAGCCAUGGCCUCUAAGCCUGCACGUCCGGAGCCUGUGCUCCACAACGGGAGAGGCCACAGCAGUGAGAGGCCUGCGUACCGCAAAAAAAAAAAAAAAUACAGCAAAAUUAAAGUAUUUGUAAUUAUUAGCAAGUAUAAUACUGCUUUGAACUUAUACAAGCAUAUGGAGUCAUACACAAAAUAUAAAUUUAAAGUGUCCAAAAAUUUGAAUCUAUUUUCAUGUGUAUAUAAAUGGAAAAUCAUGUUUUUAAUCAAUAAAAAUGAGUUAUCUUAUAAAAGUUAAAA